CGUUGGUGGGCGCGGCGGGAGGGCGGGCGGCCGCGGAGGCCAGGGAGGGCCGGCGAGGGGUGGCCCCGUGGCUUCCGGCGCCCUGACCCGCGCUCGACCGGGUCACUGUCCCGGUGACUCCGCUGCGGCUUCGGAGACCUGCCUUUCGGCCCGUGCGGCGGGACGGGACCCGGCGGGGGCGUCAGCCUCCUGAGAGUCUCUGUAGAAGCUGAAAUCCUUCAAUCACUGUUCUUCAAAAUGCAAUGGAAUGUACCGAGGUCUGUAUUCCGACUGGCACAUAGGACAUGCAUGGAACCACAUAAAGCCAGUCUCUUUGGACACUGUCAAAACAUAAAGGGACCAUUACUUUUAUACAAAGCUGAAUCCAGAGUAGUUUUGGUACAGGGCCGUCAGAAGCAAUGGCUGCACUUAUCUGCUGUCCAGUGUGUCGCAAAGGAAAGGAAGCCAUUCACUGCUCAUCCACCCCAGCUGGGGGUCCUUCACCAUAAACAGUGGGAGCUAGAUAUUUUAUCCAAGAGGGUUAUGUCAUCCAAAGCCACAUCCCCUGGAACUUCUUCAGAAAAAAAGGAAGAACCUGAUCCUUUACAAGACAAAUCUAUUAAUCUAUAUCAACGAUUUAAGAAAACAUUUAGACAAUAUGGGAAAGUUUUGAUUCCAGUGCAUCUAAUAACUUCUGGUGUUUGGUUUGGAACAUUUUAUUAUGCAGCUAUAAAAGGAGUGAAUGUGGUUCCUUUUCUAGAACUCAUUGGGUUACCUGACAGCAUAGUAAACAUUCUGAAAAAUUCCCAGAGUGGAAAUGCACUAACAGCAUAUGCCUUGUUUAAGAUUGCAACACCUGCCCGAUACACUGUGACUUUGGGAGGAACCUCCUUCACUGUGAAGUAUUUGCGUAGUCGGGGCUACAUGUCGACACCGCCUCCUGUUAAGGAGUAUCUACAAGACAGGAUGGAAGAGACCAAGGAGCUUCUCACAGAAAAAAUGGAAGAAACAAAGGAUAGACUCACUGAAAAAUUACAAGAAACCAAAGAGAAAGUUUCUUUUAAGAAAAAAGUGGAAUAGAGUGCCUUAUAUAACAGGUGAUAGAACAAUUUCUGCACUUUAACCCUUUGGAGACUAUGGACAAGGACACAUGCUUCUGAUUAUUUUUUUUUUCGUUAGUUGCCUAAAUAUACCAGUUCUCUGAGGGUUAAAGGCCUAAGAUACCUUCUUUUUAAAGUUAAAUAUUACUAGAAAAAUCAGUGUUUUUUGAAGAGAAAAAUGAACCCAGUAUAAGAUUUUAACAUCAAUCACAGCAUUAAGCAGCGGUUAAUGUCAUAAGUCAAAGCUCUUCUUCAGGGUCUUCAGAAUCCUACUUGCUUUGUGUUUUAUUGCAACCAGAACUUAUGCAGAUGAAGCCGUUGACUCCUUGAAUGACUGAUGUGGCCCUACACAUGGUGUUAACACUGGAUUUUCAUCUUUAUGUUAUUCCUUGAGCUUUUAACUAUAUUCAUUUCUCAAUGUGGAGACCAACUAUUAUCGUCAAAACUGCCAGUGAAUGAGGGGAUAUUUAGUGUUUCUGAAAAAAUGGUAUAUAACAGUUAUAUACAUUUAAAAUAACACACUUUAUAUGAAGGAAAUGGAAUAAAAAUUGAGUCCUAUGUAUGUAAAUAAGAUGUAUUGGUCAGAUGUAAAUGAAAAAUUGACCCUUUAAAAAUGAUUUUUACCUGAAA